UUUCAAUAAUACCUCACGUGACUAAUGAACUAUUUCGUCAUGGCAGCACUGGCAGCUAGAAAAUGGCAGGCGGCAGUGCGGCACUGCGGCAGCCAAAUACCAAGCAACCAAGCGUGGUUCAAGCCUCUAACACUACACGCUAGAGUAUAACUAGUAAACUACACAGCUCGAAAACUGAAGCCGCCCAGCCGGUUUUCUUUUCUUUGUUUCAUGUCUUCAUGGCGGAGUGUCGACUGUUGUCAGUUCUGCUGUAGAAGUGUAUACUUAUAUUGUAGUUUAUAGUAUAUAUACUAUGUACUGUACUAGUGUUGUUGUUGGUUUUGUGCUUGGAUGUUCGUCUCCUAAUGGCUGCCUAAUGUCUUUUUAGAACUUGUUUGACUAAAUAAUUUUUAGGUGUUUUGAGACAUUCAAACUUUUAUUUUUAAUAUUAAAAAUAUAAUUUCAACUUAUUAAUAAAAAAAGUUUUAUAUUUCUUGGUUUUUUUCGUGUAAUUUGUAAAGUGCUCGAUUCGAAUGCAGUGAACACAUGUACACUUACAGCAUACCAUUAAAAAGGACAGCACAAUAUACACUACCAUCAUCUAACUAUUCUAUGGAUGGAUAGAUUUAUAUUUGAUAAUUUGUAGCGCUACGUUUUAAAAAUGCAUAAGUGUUUAGUGUGCGGUAAUUCUUCUGGAAAGACCAGGAUUACUCGUCCUGAAGUAUUGUAUCAUGCAUUUCCUAAGAAUGAAUAUAGAAGAAGGAAAUGGCUCAAAGUAUAUGGAUUUGAUAGUUGUAGUGACUGGAAUCGCAUAUGUAGUGACCAUUUCUUAAAAGAAAACUAUAGGCCAGAAGGAAAGCGAUUUUUAAAAAAAAAUACUAUUCCCCAACCAUUUCGAAAUUUUAAUGGAACUGGUUUUCCUUCUAAUUAUGCUACUCAAAGUACUGAUAUCGAAACUGGUAAUAAUGAAUUAUUAGCAAGGGAACAAAAUCUUUUAAGGGAUGAACGUAAUACUGUUGUAAAUAGUUUUGAAUCACCAAGACGGUCAUGUAGAAAAAUUAAGCUAACCACAACUAAUGAGGAUAUGAGUUAUGAAAAUAUGCCUAGGCUCCAAACUGAACGAUUUGAGAGACAAAUUCCUACGUUCAUUUCUAAUGACAAUAUUCAAACCAAUAAUAAAAGAAUUUUAGUACCAGUGUUAACAACUACUAAGGACUACACUUUGGGAAAUGGAGUACGCUGUUCUGUUAAAAGUUGCCUCAACAGAUAUUCAAAAGAUAUUAGUUUCUUUGGCUACCCUAGUGAUUUCACAUUGAGAAAAAAGUGGAUAGAAAAGUGUGGUCUAGAGUUAGAUCCCACUAAAAAAGUAAAAAGUAGCUUGAGAGUAUGCCGUGUACAUUUUGACAAUGAUUGUUUUGUGAAUUCUGAAAGAAAAAACCGAUUAAGACCUGAUGCUGUUCCAUCUCUAUUUUUAGAUAAUGAUAUAAUAGAAGCAAGAAAUAAACCAUCACCUGUUAAUAGUGGGCUUAUUCGUGUAGAUAAACGAUCAUCUGUCAAUAAUGGAUUUGUUCGUGCAAAUAAACCAUCUUGCUCGUCAUCAAAUUAUGUUGCAAAUGUGGAUUCUAAACAAACUUCCUUAUUGGUAUACAUAGACUCAACUACACGUUAUGCUAAGGAUUUUCAAGCUUACUGUUCUAUACCAGGAUGCAUAACUAAUACUAUUGAAGAAGUUGAAGAUAUUUCUCUUUUCGCACCAACAAUAGAAUGUAUAAAUGAAUGGAGUUCAAUUUUAGGCUUACAGUUGACUAUACAUAGUAUUGUCUGUGAAAGGCAUUUCAGAAAACAAGACAUACUUUAUCCCAAUUUAUUGGUGGACGGUGUUAAUCAAAAAGUAAAAUCAUUAGCUCCUUUUUCUUUGCCGGUACCAACUAUUGCAAUGAAAUCAAAAUCUGAUGUGCUAUCAGUAUCUGAUGUUGUGCAAUCAGCAUCUGAUGUUGUGCAAUCAGCAUCUGAUGGGCAAUCAUCAUCUGAUGUUAUGCAAUCAGCAUUUGAUGGGCAAUCAGCAUCUGAUGUUGUGCAAUCAGUAUCUAAUAUUAUGCCAUUAGAAACGAAUGUUGUGCCGGUAUUGACAUCAUAUGAAAGUAAUUCCAAAAGACAAAAAACCAAUGAACAGUUGUCAACAAAAAAAAUCAAAAUCGAUGUAUUAGAUGAAUCAAAAGUCACUAUCAAUGAAAAUGAAAAUAAAGAGUAUUAUGCAGUUACAAACAACACAUGUCAAUUUAAUUCAACUUGCAAUAUAGAUGCAACAUUAAAAUCAAAUCCUGUAAUACCUGUUGAUUUGUCAAUAGUUAAGAUAGAACCAUAUGAUAACGACGAUGAUGAUUCACAAACAGAUUUGGAAACUGAAACAGAAACAGAACAGAUACUUYCAACGAUAAAACCAGAACCAGUUGAAGAUUGUGAUCCACUUCCAUUAUCUUCAAUUGAUGAUUCUUUAUCGAUUUCGAUUAAAAAACUUCAGGACAUUUCUUCUAAAAGUUCAUUGUCCAUUACUUUGGAACCUAUUGACAAUCCUAAAAUAACAAAACCAUCAGUCAAUUUACCUUCUAAAACGUCUGCCAAAAGUUCCAUGUCUAUUACAUUGCAACCAAAAUUACACAGUAACCUCUCUUCAACUGCAAAUAACAGUUCUUCAUCUGUUAGUUUAAUACAUAGUCUUCCAUCCACUUCAAGUGGCUCUAUGUAUAAUACAUCGCAACAAAUUCUGUUACAAAAUGAACAAAAGACAACUUCAGCCAUAAGAAUGCCACAUAAAUUGUCUUCUAAUACUAUAAUUUAUCCUAAAUCCAUUGACGAGCAAGUUAUAUUUUUAAAACCUAUUUCUCCCUCAAAUCAAUCUGAUUUUUCUGAAUCGCCUAAAAUCAAGAGUCCAGUAAUUUCAAAUUGUAUUUCAUUAGCCGGAAAGUCACAUACCUAUAAUACCAAUUCAGAUUAUAGUACAAACACCUCAGAUUGUAUAAUAAUUGAUGAUGAUACUGAAGGUUUUGUGGAGGAAGAUAACGGAUUUAUCUAUGAAAUUUCUAAAAGUGUUUUACUCCCUAGUGUAUUUUGGAAAAUAGUACAUAAUAGUGCACAAAAUUCAACAGCUUUUUAUCAACGAUGCAGUUUUUCUGAGACUGUGAAAAAUAUUAUCUUUAAUAAUAGCCUCUGGCCUACAAUACAAAUAUUUGGAAAAAAAUAUGAAUACAAUAAGCCUAUCAAAACAAAGAACGAAUUACAAAAUCUUAUAGAAAAAAUUGAUUGUGUUGAAAAAUGUUAUGGUGUCGAAGGACUUGUUCAUGACAAUUGUAUAGGUUAUUAUGAAAAUCAGUUAGAAGAUGUUCGUUCAUGUUCUCCUUGUUUAAAGAAAUAUCAAGAAUUGCACAACAUUGCUGAAUCUAGAAUUAAAACCAUUGAAAGUCUUAAACAUAAUAUAUCUGAAAAGGCGGCAAGACUGUUAGAACUUAAAGAAACUAUGGGAAAAAAUAGAAGAAAUCGUAGAUCUAGAGAAGAAAUACCCUCAUAAAUGUCAUGACACCACAUUGUUAAUUGUAUAUAUUCAUUGUAUUUGCUUAUUUUUAAGAAUAUUUAUUAGACAUUUGUAUUUAAU